AGACGGAGCGAGAUGGUCAAAGUGGAUGUGUAAAAUGAAUUAAAGUUUAAAAAGACAUAAUAUUAUUAUGUUUUGUAAUUGUUAUUUAUUCAGCUUCCGCAACAUUAACUACCCUGUUAUUAUUCUGAAUACUUUAUUAUGAAAUAAAGUUUUAAAAUGCUCGAAACCUUUUGAAUGUUUACAAAUACCAAGUUUAUACUUUAGUCCGAAAGGGGCUGCAGACCUGGACAGAUUGAGCAACAAAAACGUUUCUUUCAUUUAAUGACUUAUCAUCCUUAUCUUCGAAAAAACCCGACCCGUUAUAUCUGUGCUGGAGUGCUGAUCCUUUGCUUUAUCCUCUACUUCAGAUACUCUCCUGCUGCUGUCUACCCCUAUUCAUCAUCUCUCCUCAAAGUUUUCGAAUUAAAAAUGGCGGAACCAAAGAUCUUUGAUCUCGACAAUGGCACCAUGCGUGUCAGAGUCUCCAAUUUUGGGUGCACAAUUCUCUCCUUGUCUGUCCCAGAUAAAGACGGGAAAAUGGAUGAUGUGGUUCUUGGAUUUGACACGCUUGAACCCUACAUGAAAGGAGCUGCCCCUUACUUUGGCUGCAUUGUUGGCCGGGUGGCCAACAGAAUCAAAGAUGGGAAGUUUACUAUUAACGGGGUUGAAUAUUCUCUUCCAAUUAACAAGCCACCAAAUAGUCUUCAUGGCGGACACAAGGGGUAUGACAAGGUCUUAUGGGAGGUAGCUGAACAGAAGCAUGGUGACACUCCAUCAAUUACCUUUACAUAUCAUAGCCAUGAUGGUGAGGAAGGUUACCCUGGAGAUCUCUUAGUCACUGCAACGUACACACUCACUUCAAAGACAACAUUGAGACUUGACAUGGUAGCAGUCCCCGGAAAUAAGGCUACUCCUGUCAGCCUAGCUCAACACACAUACUGGAACCUUGCUGGCCACAAUUCUGGGGACGUCCUCGAACACACUGCCCAGAUAUGGGCAAACCAUGUCACCCCUGUGGAUCAAAACACCAUCCCUACAGGUGAAAUAUUGCCGGUCAAAGACACCCCGUUUGACUUUACAGCCGAAAAGAAGAUUGGCCGCGACAUACAGCAGGUGGGCUUAGGGUAUGACCACAACUACGUGCUCGACUGUGGAGAUGAGAAGGAGGGUAAGUUGAGACGCGCGGCCAGGAUCAAAGAUCCCAAGAGCUCAAGAGUCCUUAACCUGUGGACCAAUGCACCUGGCAUGCAGUUCUAUACUGCUAACUACGUGAAUGGAAUUGUUGGUAAAGAUGGGGCUGUGUAUAAUAAGCAUGGGGGGGUAUGUUUAGAGACACAGGGUUUCCCAAAUGCAAUCAACACGCCAAAUUUCCCAUCCGUUGUGGUUCAACCCGGGGAGGAGUACAAGCACACCAUGGUGUAUGAGUUUUCAGCAGAGUAAUUAAGAUGGAGUUUCUUUGUUUUUUAUCGAAGUAAAUAUGAGAGAAGAAUAAUAAUGCGACUCCCAUUAUAAGCACUAUAUGGGCUUAUAAUUGAUUCUGUUUAGGAGUACGUACAUGAUGUUUGAGUGAGUGAUUAAAUUGUAGUGGUGUUCCCGGAUAGUUGUGCAAUGCUAUUAAGUUUGGGAUCAAAUAUUCACCCAUGGUAUACGAACUUUCAUCAUUAUUUCACUUCGGCAUAUUAACUUUA